AUAUCUAAACAUUUGUUUACGGAUGAAAUAACAGUAAGAGUUGUGAGUGAAGUGGUAAGAACUACAAAUGUUAUGACCUUUACCCCAGAGACCGAUGUUACAAGAGUUUUCACACGUUUAUUUCCGUGGAAUAGUCCAGGACUGUUGACCAGUGUUGCUAGAUGGGCGAGUGAUACUUUUGCACCGAUAACCCUAGAACUGGCGACGAAAGAGUUUCCAACGAUUUGCUACGACUGUCCUGUGUAAUAAUACACUUUAUGACUGAUAUUUUUGUCAACUGUUCGAAGAUUUACCAAAAAAAGAAAUAAAAAGGAAAAUAGUUCGUUUAUUUUAAUUUAUUUUUAAUAGUCUAAGAUCCUACUCCCAGUGUGUAAAGUCAGCCAUUGACGGUCAAUUGUACUCACGGCAGCGAAGACGUUUCAUAAGUCGAGCCAUCAUGCACGCAGCGACCAAUACACGAUCCGUUAUAGUCGUGGGUGCUGCAGGAACGUGAGAAUAAUUGAUCGUCAAUGAUGUGCAUAAGACAACCUUCACCGAACUUUGACUAAAAAAAAUUAUAUAAAGACUUUUCGUCCAUUAAUUCCUUAUUUAUUCACUCACAAAUGACGUAAUUAUCUAGUGGUAAGAGAAUUUUCAACAUUGGUUUUAUAGUUCCCGAGAUUACUUACCGCCUACUACACCACUUUAUUAUAAUAGUAUAGAUUCUCUACCUAUUUUUGUAUAUUGGGAGAAGUUGUCUUUACUUAUCGUUUGUUAUAAUGUUAUGGGUUGUUCUAAUUGAAGUACACAAGUCCAUUUCACAAGUUUAUUAUUAUUGAAUCAAUUAAGAAUUAUUAUUUAGAAGAUGCAACAAACACCACUAAUCUACUUAUGAACUAAUCUUGGACGCCAGAAGGGCUUUCGUUUAGAUGUUCUGCAGGCACCCUACCAAGCCUUUCAAUAGCGCUAGCUCGGAGCUAAUAUAAUUAUAAGCUGAAAUUACUAUUUAUGUUAAAAAUUGUUCCGUCAUAAUUAGUUGAAAAACGAAGCAAUGACGAUAUCAUUGGAUUGCACAGAUUUUCAUCAUAUUAUAAAACUACGAGUAAGAACCAUAUUGAACUCGUCAGCUAUCAAACAAAAAUGAUCCCAUCAAAUCGGUAAAAUUCAUAACAAUAAAAUACUCGACGGCACAGACAGACUAAUGUAAGCCACUGACGUUCACAUGCCUGCAGAGCGAACGACGGCAUGAUGCACAUCGCAACCAACACACGAUCAGUUUUAUCGGCUGUCAAGCCGUUAGCGCUGCAGGCAUGUGAGAUUACUUGAUCGUCAGUGGCUGACAUAACACAUGCACAGAUACAUCACAUAUCAAUCCAUCAAAUAAACACUCUUUUUCAUAUCGGGGUAUAAAAUAAAUGUUAUCAAACUGCAGAAAAUCUUAAAUUAAUAAUGUUUUAAAGGAUUAUGUAGAUUAUGUUAUCAUUAUUAAUUAGGUACUUAGUUACAAUAUUAUUAUAUACUUUAUUUGAUAUCAGAACUACGUGUCUACAUAAAAAUAACUAUAAAUUUUCUGUUUCUUUGAUAUUAAUAAUUCUAGUGAAAAGUACCUAAUUAUGAUCAAAAUAUUAGUUUGCGCUGCAUUUAUCUGUGCGAUUUCUGUGCAGUGUCAACAAUUUGAUUGGAGUAAGUGAUAAUAUUUUAUUACUUGUAAUAAACUAAAAGCACAGUUAAAAAAUUCUAAAGUUAAAACUAAAAACACAGUCUGCAAUUUCGCCCGUGUCAACGGUUCAUUACCAAUUAUCCUUUUGACGCGGCGAUCUAUCGAUCAGGGUUUUCUUUUAUAAUAACGGAUCUCGUACCUAUCCGUAUUUUAGUAAUUAUAAUUUAGAAGACAAUAAUUAUGAUAUUUCAGAUCGUCAAGCAUGCUUAGUGGGACACAGGGAGUAUUAUGCGAGAGUCAUGCAAGAGAUGUUCACACAAAUAGAAAAAGAUGUUAGAUGGUGUAACAUGAGGCUGCGAGAUAGACAACAAACAGUUAACGAACGUCUUUACAAUUGGAAUGUAACAGGUACAGUGAAUUACACCGAAAAUUUUGUAGUGUCAAUUGAAAAAAUCGACCUUUCAAAUAUGCAUGGCGAAGUCACCCCGUUUGUAGUCAACGGUACUCAAGAGUCGCUGCAAGUUGUCAGAGGGCAAGUGAACCUCAGAGAGAUAACUAUAGGAUUCGAUGUUAUAGCCAAUUUAGACGACUCGGGGAUGCAUCGAUUGACUGGAGAAUAUACACAUGAGAUCGUCUCGUUUAAUACGUGGAUCAGAUGGAACCCAAAAACCAAUGAUCUAACUAGCGAGGCGAGAUUUCUAUCAAUGACAACAGGAAAUCGUCGCGUGGCUUAUAGACCUGCCAGCAACAUCUCAGAAGCACUUUCUAGAGGAGUAAGGUUUUAUUUUUAA